AUGGGAAAGACACCGCCCUACUCUCCACAGCAACAUGGGUAUCCCUCACAGGUAGCCCCUCCUCAGCAGGGGUACCCGCCACAGGCUCCUCCACCCCGGCAAGGCUAUCCACCACAGGGUGUGCCCCCUCCUUACAGCCAGCCGUCCCAGCAGUCUCAGAAUUCAGGAUCGACAACAGUAGUGGUUAACGCGCCACAGGUGGUGCUCGGCGCCCCAGUCUUCCACGAAGUGUCUGUAAGGUGUACCUGUCCACAUUGCCGGGCUUACAUUAUGACGUCAACGAAUUACACAACUGGUAACAUGGCGUGGCUCUUUUUCCUGAUCCUGUUUUUUCUCGGAAUUUGGCCUUGUUGUUUGAUCCCAUUCUUUGCGAAUGGCUUUAAGGAUGUGGUACACACCUGCCCUAACUGUGGUUGUGUAGUUGGACGCUUCAACCGGAUGUAGACUCGAAUGCACUUUUCGGCUACAAGAACACGACAUAAUGAAAAUGUUCAUUUCCGGAAGUUUGGUUACAAUGAAUACGCGGAAGGAUAUGUUAUGUUUUCAACAACUGGAGUAGUUACCAAAGUGUUGUGGGAUUUUUCAGUAUGGCUGUAUCAUUGUUUUUUUUCUCCAUGUAAAUAUAUUGAU